AUGGUGUUAUUCAGAAGUUUUGUCUGCCUCUUAGUCCUAUACCUGCUGCAGGGGUCUGAUACUUCCUUUGUUCGGCUGAAUAACAAUGGCUAUGAAGGCAUCAUCAUUGCUAUAAACCCUGGUGUGCCAGAAAAUGAAGCACUAAUUGAAAAAAUAAAGGACAUGGUGACUGCAGCUUCUACUUACCUAUUUGAAGCCACAGAAAGAAGAUUUUUUUUCAAAAAUGUAUCAAUAUUAAUUCCUGAUACUUGGAAGGAAAAGCCUCAAUACAAGAGACCAAAACAUGAAAGCUACACACAUGCUGAUGUUUUAGUUGCACCACCUACCCUGCCAGAUAGAGAUGAACCAUACACCAAGCAAUUCAAACCCUGUGAAGAAAAGGGAGAAUACAUUCAUUUUACCCCUGACGUUGUACUUGGAAAAAAACAAAAUGAAUAUGGACCAACAGACAGACUACUUGUCCAUGAAUGGGCCCAUCUCCGCUGGGGAGUUUUUGAUGAGUACAAUGACGAUGAACCUUUCUACAGUGCUUCGUCUAAAAGAAUUGAAGCAACAAGGUGUUCCACAGGUAUUACUGGUGUGAACAGAGUUUAUAAAUGUCAAGGAAAUAGCUGUGUAUUUAAUAAAUGCAAAAUUGAUCCUAAGACAAAACUAUAUGAAAAAAAUUGUCAAUUUUUCCCUGACAAAGAUCAAACUGAAAAGACAUCCAUAAUGUUUAUGCAAGGUAUUACUUCUGUUGUUAAAUUCUGUAAUAAACAAAACCAUAAUGAAGAAGCUCCAAGCCUACAAAACAAGAAGUGCGAAUUCAGAAGCACAUGGGAGGUGAUCAGCAACUCUGAGGAUUUUAAAAACACCACACCUAUGGUGGAAUCACCCCCUUCACCUGUCUUCUCAUUGCUAAGGAUCAGAGAUAGAAUACUGUGCUUGGUUCUUGAUAAAUCUGGAAGCAUGGGGGGUUAUAACCGCCUAAAUCGAAUGAAUCAAGCAGCAAAAUAUUUCCUGCUACAAGCUGUUCAAAAUGGAACCUGGGUGGGGAUGGUGCAUUUCGAUAGUACUGCCAACAUCAAAAGUAAGCUAAUCCAAAUAAUAAGCACCAACGAAAGAAAUAUGCUCGUGAACAGCUUGCCUACAGCAGCUAGUGGGGGAACUUCCAUCUGCGCUGGAAUUAAAGCAGCAUUUCAGGAAAUUUUUAAUGCAGGGAAAAUUGAAGGGAAUCCACCAAGACCUGAAAUUAAUAAGGAUACUCAGACAAAUUUGGAGAGUUUUACCCGAACAGCAAUUGGAAGUGCAUUUGUGGUUUCAAAUAUUUCAACAUUUCCCUUGCCUGACCUGUACCCACCAAGUCAAAUCACAGACCUUGAGGCCACACCUGAUGGGGAUAUGAUCAAUCUAACAUGGACAGCACCAGGAGACAAUUUUGAUGUUGGGAAAGUUAAACAGUAUAUCAUAAGAAUAAGUGGAAGUAUCCUGGAUCUAAGAGACAAGUUUGAUGAUGCUCUGCAAGUAAACACUACUGAUCUGCUACCAAAUGAGGCCAACUCCAAGGAAACCUUUACAUUUAAACCAGGAAAUAUCUCAGAAAAAAAUGCAACCCACACAUUCAUUGCCAUUCGAAGUGUGGAUAAUAGCAAUUUGAGAUCAAAAGUAUCCAACAUUGCACAAGUAGCGUUGUUUAUUCCUCAAGGAGAUACUGAUGAAAUACAUCCAAAUCCUAAUCCUGGAAUUAGCAUUUCUUCUUUGGUGCUGUUAGUGGUUGGAUGCGUGGUCCUUGUUACUAUUAUUUUAAGUGUCACUAUUUAUAUCUUAAAAAAGAAAAAAAAUCCAAACAGACCUAGUACAGCGUUUUAA